AUCUCCCUCUCUCUCUCUCUACAAAACCAACCAAACUGCAAAAUCAAAAUGAUCUCAUUCUUAUCGAACAAACCAACUUUCACAUUCACAUUUUCUCUCACUCUCUCUCUCAACAAUGUCUUCAUCUUCUUCCACUUCCCUCUAUCUCACCAACCCCCAUCUCACGCGCCACACAUCAUCCCCAUCCACCACGCGCCUCUCUUCUCUCCCAUCCACCAUCACCCUCAACCGCACACCAACCCCAACAACCCACCUCUCUCAAUCCCAUCAUCUCCGUCAUACCGCCAUCCAUGCAUCCGUCUCCGCACCACCGUCAACCACCACAGACUCAUCUCUCGUUGAGAAAUCAGUCAACACGAUCCGUUUCCUCGCGGUUGAUUCGGUUGAAAAAGCCAAUUCGGGUCAUCCUGGUUUACCUAUGGGUUGUGCUCCAAUGGGUCAUGUGCUUUAUGAUGAGGUUAUGAGAUAUAACCCCAAGAAUCCGUUUUGGUUUAACCGUGAUCGGUUUGUUUUGUCCGCUGGUCAUGGUUGUAUGCUUCAGUAUGCUUUGCUUCAUCUUGCUGGAUAUGACAGUGUUAAGGUAGAAGAUUUGAAGCAAUUUCGUCAAUGGGAGAGCAGAACCCCUGGACACCCUGAGAAUUUUGAGACUCCUGGAAUUGAAGUCACCACAGGUCCUCUUGGUCAGGGAAUUGCCAAUGCUGUUGGUUUAGCCCUUGCAGAGAAGCACUUAGCUGCCAGAUUUAACAAGCCCGACAAUGAGAUCAUCGAUCAUUACACGUAUUGUAUAUUGGGUGAUGGUUGUCAAAUGGAGGGAAUUGCAAAUGAAGCUUGCUCACUUGCAGGACACUGGGGACUAGGAAAGCUAAUAGCAUUUUACGAUGACAAUCACAUUUCUAUUGACGGUGACACCGAAAUCGCAUUCACUGAGAGUGUUGAAAAACGUUUUGAGGGACUUGGGUGGCAUGUUAUUUGGGUAAAGAAUGGAAACACUGGCUUUGAUGAAAUUCGUGCUGCCAUUAAGGAAGCAAAAGCUGUCAAAGACAGACCCACAUUGAUCAAGUUCACAACAACCAUUGGUUAUGGUUCUCCGAAUAAAUCCAACUCCUACAGUGUGCAUGGAAGUGCACUUGGUGCCAAAGAAGUUGAUGCCACAAGAAACAAUCUUGGAUGGCCAUAUGAGCCUUUCCACGUGCCCGAGGAUGUCAAAAAGCAUUGGAGUCGCCACAUCCGUGAGGGUGCUGCUCUUGAGUCCGAGUGGAAUGCCAAGUUUGCUGAUUACGAAAAGAAAUACAAGGAGGAGGCUGCAGUAUUGAAAUCUAUCAUCAGUGGUGAUUUACCUGCUGGUUGGGAGAAAGCACUUCCGACUUACACUCCAGAGAUCCCUGCCGAUGCCACCCGAAACCUAUCGCAGCAAAACCUUAAUGCCCUUGCGAAUGUUCUUCCCGGUCUGAUUGGUGGCAGUGCAGAUCUUGCUUCUUCCAAUAUGACCUUGCUGAAAAAGUUUGGUGAUUUCCAAAGUGAUUCUCCAGCAGAGCGUAACGUUAGAUUUGGUGUUAGAGAACAUGGAAUGGGAGCAAUCUGCAACGGCAUCGCUCUUCACAGCCGUGGACUUAUUCCAUACUGUGCAACCUUUUUUGUUUUCACCGACUACAUGCGUGGUGCCAUUAGGCUUUCCGCCCUAUCCGAAGCCGGUGUUAUAUAUGUCAUGACUCACGAUUCAAUAGGACUUGGAGAGGAUGGACCAACCCAUCAGCCUAUAGAGCACCUGGCAAGCUUCCGGGCAAUGCCAAAUAUCUUGAUGCUCCGUCCCGCUGACGGUAACGAAACGGCUGGAGCAUACAAAGUUGCAGUGCUUAACAGGAAGAGACCCUCUAUCCUUGCCCUUUCUAGACAAAAAUUGCCUAACCUUGCCGGAACUUCUAUUGAAGGAGUUGAAAAGGGUGGAUACAUCGUCUCUGACAACUCAACAGGAAACAAACCUGAUGUCAUUUUGAUUGGAACCGGUUCCGAAUUGGAAAUUGCAUACAAAGCUGGUGAGGAUCUAAGAAAAGAAGGAAAGGCUGUUAGAGUUGUUUCCUUUGUUUCUUGGGAACUUUUUGAUGAACAAUCACAAGCUUACAAGGAGAGUGUUCUCCCUACUGCUGUUACGGCUAGGGUUAGCAUUGAGGCCGGAUCAACAUUCGGGUGGGAGAAAAUUGUUGGAAGCAAAGGAAAAGCAAUCGGCAUUGAUCGUUUUGGAGCUAGUGCUCCUGCAGGAACAAUAUACAAAGAGUUUGGUAUCACUAAAGAAGCUGUUAUUGCUGCAGCAAAAGAGCUUAUUUAGAACUAUUAGUUUUUGUUCAUUUAAGAACUUUCUCUUUUAUUUUUCUUCUGGUUUUGCUUUUGCUUUUGGGUUUGAUAUAUCUACACAGAAAAGGGUGUUUCAAUAGCAUCAUGUUGUUGCUUGAAUAAGAAAAAGGUUAGAUUACUGUUGCUUAUGAUUGUGAGUUGUGAGUUAAGCUAAGCAACAUUGAUCAAAGUAGAUUACACUAAUAAAUUUUUACGAAAUAGUAAACUUUUCAACCGAUUGAGUUGACAUUGUUAAAUCCAAUGAUGUUCAUGACUGUUCAAUUGUUCAUCUAUGUUAGUUGUAUUUUCUUUCGGUUGUUGGCAUUGUGAAAUUGCAAAUAAGCAUAUGUGUUUGGAAGAA